CACGCGGUGAAAUCGGGCCUCGGCAACAGCACUCGGCAGCGACCGGUGGCCACACGUUCCUUGCAUUCCUCUGGUCUAAUCCCGGAUCGAAGCCGGCCAAACAUCCUCCACCGGAUAACCUAAACCUCCCCAACACCGGCCCACGAGAUGUCCGCCGCCUGCACUGCCGUGUUGAAGCGCGAGUUCCCGUCCAUCGAUGGAGAGCUGCUGUCCUACGUUGAAACGGUGCUGCAAAGCAGCGCCGACGAGUUCGAGAACGGCGACGAGGUAUACGAAGCGGUCGGAGCGAUCCUGCACGAGGUUUCGCAGGAGAAAUCGGAGGACGAUGUGCGCGAGAUUUGCGACAGUUUUCUACGGCUACUGAAACCGGGGCGCCACAACGACGAUGGUGGUGGCGGUGGCAGGUUUCUCGGCGGUGGCCACAAAAAGAUUCUGGCCGCCCCGAUCCAGCUCGGUGAGAUGGCGGCCACGCAGGAAACGGCAGGCGAUGACGUGCAAAGCAUCUGGGUGAUCCAGCGUGACGACAGCCUGAAGGUGGACAGCCGGAAGCUGGAGAAAGCGGAAGCAAAGCGUCAGCAGAAACUCGAGAAGCGCCAGGAAGUGAAAGCGGCCGUGGCGGCCGCAGCGGCCAGUAGUACACCGGUGCUGCAGACCGCUACCGCGUCGCAGGUGAUCAGCAAGAAGGACAACAAGCUGGAAUCGAAGGGCCUGAACCGGUCGAUGGACGUGCGGAUCGAAAACUUUGACGUUUCGUUCGGCGACAAGACGCUACUACAGAAUGCGGACCUCCUGUUGGCUGCCGGGCGCCGGUACGGAUUCGUGGGAAGGAACGGCCUGGGCAAAACCACGCUGCUGAAGAUGAUCUCCGGCAAGCAGCUACAAAUCCCGGCCCACAUCACCGUACUGCACGUGGAGCAGGAAGUGGUCGGUGAUGAUACGACCGCCCUGGACAGUGUGCUCGAGGUUGACACGGUCCGCACGGGACUGAUCGAGCGUGAACGGGAACUGAACCGUCAGAUUGCGGCCGGUUCGGCCGACGCUAGCCUUAGCACCGAGCUGUCCGAGGUGUACAAUCAGCUGCUGAUGAUCGAGGCGGAAAAGGCUCCGGCCCGCGCUUCGAUCAUCCUGAACGGGCUCGGGUUCUCGAAGGAAAUGCAGGCCCGGUCGACGCGCACCUUCUCCGGUGGCUGGCGAAUGCGUCUCGCCCUGGCGCGGGCCCUCUUCUCGAAGCCCGAUCUGCUGCUGCUGGACGAACCGACCAACAUGCUGGACAUCAAGGCGAUCAUCUGGCUGGAGAACUAUCUGCAGAACUGGCCGACGACGCUGCUGGUCGUGUCGCACGACCGAAACUUCCUCGACACCGUUCCGACCGACAUCCUGUACCUGCACUCGCUGCGCAUCGAAACGUUCAAGGGCAACUACGAGCAGUUCGACAAGACGCGCACCGAACGGCACAAAUCGCAGCGCCGCGAGUACGAGGCCCAGCUGGCGCACCGGAACCACGUGCAAGAGUUUAUCGAUCGCUUCCGGUACAACGCGAACCGGGCGGCCAGUGUGCAAUCGAAGAUCAAGAUGCUGGAGAAGUUACCCGAGCUGAAACCGGUCGAGAAGGAGAUCGAGGUGACGCUCAAGUUCCCGGAGGUGGAACCACUCAAUCCACCGGUCAUGAACCUGAACGAGGUGCAGUUCAAGUACAGCGACGACAAGGUGAUAUUCACUAGCGUCAAUUUAAGCGCCAAUCUCGACUCGAGGAUAUGUAUCGUCGGUGAAAAUGGAGCCGGUAAGACGACGCUGCUGAAGAUCGUGGUCGGACUGCUGCAGCCCACCGGAGGGUUGGUGCACAUGCACCGUGGCGUACGUCUCGGGUACUUCUCGCAGCAUCACGUCGACCAGCUGGACAUGAGCGUCAACUGUGUGGAGCUGCUGCAGAACGCGUACCCGGGCAAGCCGAUCGAAGAGUACCGCCGGGUGCUCGGGAGCUUCGGUGUGUCCGGUGAUCUGGCCCUGCAAGUCGUGGCCAGCCUUUCCGGUGGGCAGAAAUCGCGCGUGGCACUGGCCAAGAUGUGCAUGGGACGGCCAAACUUUCUGGUGCUUGACGAACCGACCAACCAUCUCGAUAUCGAAACGAUAGAGGCGCUCGGAAAGGCGGUCAACAAGUACACCGUAAGGUGGCGUAAUUCUCGUGUCGCACGACGAGCGGCUCAUACGGAUGAUCUGCAAGGAGCUGUGGGUUUGUGGAGACGGCACGGUCAAGAGCGUGGACGGUGGCUUCGAUGAGUACCGGAAAAUUGUCGAGCGUGAACUGGAAGCGGUCGCCGGUUAGCCGGCGCCCCGGCUCGGGAGCACCGUUGCCGGUGGCAUCCCUACCCGGAAGCCUAUUGCUCGGGCCGUGUCCCCAACCUAAGGGAGAAUGUAUUGUUGGGCGCUUCUCUCAAGGGCCAACCCAACGCUCCGCUCCGCUUGUUUUCUCACUGGACUCCAUUCUACUCUCCCCGUUAUUUUUUGUUUAUUGUUUUCGGAUAAGUUUGUUGCGAAAAAAACCCGACUACAGUUUGCGGCCUACCCACGGAACGGCGGGUGUAUUAUUGAAUCGCGCGCCAUCACCCAGUAUAUAAAGGAUCGCGGCGCGGUGAUGGCAAAAAAGGAACACAAGAGAACGGAAGCAAA